AUGAAGGAAGCAAUCGUAUCUGCAGGCCCCGUGGUCGCCAUAGUGGACUCGGCCGUUCCGGAGCCGGGCGAGGGCCAGGUGCUGAUCCGGGUGGUGGUGUCGGGCAGCAACCCGAAGGACUGGAAGGUGCCGGAAUGGACGGGCGAGAGCAAGAAUGAGGGUGACGACCUGGCGGGCAUCGUGGUGCGUGUCGGGGCCAACGUGCGGGAGUUCCAGCCAGGCGACCGGGUCGCGGCCUUCCACGAGAUGAAGACGCCGCACGGCAGUUUUGCCGAGUACGCGAUCGCGUGGGCGCACACGACGAUGCACAUCCCGGCCACGACGACCAUGGAGGCAGCCGCGGCGCUGCCGCUGGCCUACAUGACGGCGGCCAUCGGCCUGUAUGCGGACCAGCGGCUGCCGGAGCCGUGGAUCGGCGCACGCGAGCCGACGCCGCUGAUUGUGUAUGGCGCCGCGACGGCCGUGGGGUCGUAUGCCGUGCAGCUGGCCGCGCGCAGCAACAUCCACCCCAUCAUCGCCGUGGCCGGCAGCUCGGCCGCCCAUGUCGAGACGCUGCUGGACCGCAGUCGCGGCGACACCAUCGUCGACUACCGGGGCGGCGACGAGGCGGCCAUCGCGGCACUUCGGGCGGCCGUCGGCAGCCAAAAGGUCUUCCAUGCCUUUGACGCCGUGGCCGAUCACCACAGCAACUACAUCGUCAGCCAGGCCCUGCAGCCCACCGGCACGAUCAACGUGGUGCUGCCGUGGGUCGAGCAUGACAACAUCCCGGCGUCGAUUCGACGCGUCCGGACGUUUGUCGGCGCCGUCCACGGAAAGCACAAGGAUUUCGGCUACAUCUACAGCCGCUACCUCACCCGCGCCCUCGAGCAGGGCUGGCUCCGGCCUCAGCCCCAUGAGGUCCAGCCCGGUGGCCUCGCCGGCAUCCAGGACGCCCUCGCCCGGCUCAAGGCUGGCAAGGCACACGCUGUCAAGUACGUCUUCCGCAUUGCCGACACGGAGGGCGCCGGACAGGACGUGCUGUAA